CUCAAACCGAAAGCGAAAAGAAAAGUUGCUGGUACGCGACAUUGUUUUUUCACGAAAUUAUCUAUAAAGGCCGCCAACCAGCUUCCUCCAGUCGUCUGGGCGAGUCUCUCCAGCUGCUCCCAUGUUUGGCCCAUCUUCUUAGCAUCUGCAUCCAGGCCAUGGCGCCAGGUGUUUCUAGGCCGCCCUCUCUUCAUUUUCCCUUGGGGUUCUACAAUUCUACAAUUGUAUCUUAAUAGGUCUGUAACGAGUCAAUAGAACGACAUGGAAAUUGAGAUAACCGACGAACCGUUGAGAAACUGGAUAAAAUCUUAUUUUGCCAUAGACCAUAUUACAUCAGCUAUACGCCCGUUUAUGAAACAGCUGUUUGAAGACAAAUUUCAAGAAAAUGUUCGAAAAGUUAAAAAAAAGAGCAAUCUCAUGAAUAUAUACGAAUGCAAUAGCUGUGAUCCGGAUAAAGUGAAGCCGUACCAUGCAAUGUCAGGGCAAUGUUCUUUUCCAAGGAAAAGGGGCCGUUGUAACUGUGCGAAAGAGAAUACGAUUCCAUGCCCAGCAAUCAACGCUUGUGGAAUGUUAUAUGAUAUUAUGACAAUGGAGCAUAUAAUGGAAGAACCAAUAUGGUCGAAUUCGAAUUAUGAACAAUUAUCUACAAGGGCUUGUGAACAAAUGAAGUGCUACAUAUCUUGCACUGGAUACAGAGAUGUUUCAAACGUCGAUCAAAUGGAGCUCACAGCAUUUUUUCAGAUUUGUACAAACAAUACUAUUUUACGACGAACACUGGACGAUGAUGACAUACGUAUGCUUGAGCAGGUGAAAAAUGAUCACCGUGAGAUAGUUGGUUCCACAGAUGCUUCUGCUGACAAAUUUAAGAAAUAUGUGUCCAAUAUAAAUGUGCUAUUAGAUUAUGAUACAUGCAUUGUCGACCGUGACUAUUUCAUUUCGAUGGAACUGAAAAAAUUGGAAGAUGAUAAAGUGAAGAUAACCAUAUGCGAAGAAAUACAUUACAUCAAAAAGGCACUGUAUGCUAUUUCAAAGGCAAAAGCAGAAUUGCAGGACGAAUCUGAAGGUGACUCGGGCGAUCAGAUUCGACUACUAGAGACGGUGGAAUCGAUGCAAAGGAGGCGAUUGCAACAGCAAACAGAAGUUUUCAUCCAAGAGCUGUUAAGGGCGGGGGCUCGAUAUCAACCUGGCUGAAAUGCAAGCACGCCAAAGACGCUGAAUAUAGAAUUAUGUAUCAGUUAUGCUCAAACAAAUCAUUUGUUUUCACCAAAGUGUGAUAUUGCUUUUUUAAUGAUUUUUAUGUAAUGAUGACAUUGUAUCAGAUGUUAAAAGAACGAUUGAUACUUUGGAACAAGGUAUGCGCACGUAAACAAUAUAAAUAUAGCAUUUGAUAAAUGGUGUGAAAUUGUUACAUGAUGUGUGGUGAUAUUCCUUAUAAAUCUGUAAAAAUAGGAUCGAACAUGGGUUCUCGAAAGCGGCGUCCAGGUAAACAUUGGUGGACAAAUCAUCUCACUGAGCUUUGGUCUUA